CCCUUAUGGAAAGGCUGCGGUGGGUUAAGGCUCUGGAAGUGGGACACUACACUGCUAAAAAUAGCAGUGUAGAUGUGGGAAGUACUGCUUGGGUGUGUAGAGAAUCACAUAGGGUAUAUAUAUACUCUAGGCAUGUCUGCAUUCUUGUCGCUUUAGUGGUGCCUCACCCGUGCUAGCUGGGCAUGCAGUCUCUUGUACUCUACAUGCUGCCAUAAGUGUAGACAUACCUCAAGACACUGUUGAUCACUUUAACUAAAUGUGUAAAUUGAGAUAGACCAGAAUUCAAUAAAGGUGGAAAUGCAGAAGCAAACUGUAUUUAUUUAAAAAAAAAAAAAAGUGUUUCUGGCAUUCAGAACGAGUGGAAUUUAUUUCUUACAUCUAUAAUUAAUAUAAAACUAGACUGAUUGUUUUUAAAGUAGUUUAAUAGAUUAGACACAAAUGCAAAGGUCCCGGUCUUGCAAACAUACAUACUAAACUUUAAGCAUGAGUAGUCCCACUGCAAUCACAGCCUGAAUUAAGAUUCUCUCAGCUUUUCUUUCCGUGCAAAGGGAUGGGAGAUUUUCAUUUCCCCUCGUCCUUGAUCCUCCUUACUAUGCCCUGAAACAAGACUACUCAUGCUAAAUUAAAGUCUUUAUGGGUUCGGGACUUGUUUUAUUGUGGGGGAAGACCCUAAAAGGUUUUCCUAUAGUUGUGUUAGGAGAACUAGGCUAAUUAACCAGUGUUUUCAUUACCACCUAUAAUUUGAGUUUGUUUGGCAAGAAAAUACAGUUUUCACAUUUGUUGUAGUCAAAAUGAGAGAGGGUUUUUUGUUUGUUUGUUUAAUUAUGGUUGUGUUUUAGAUCUGUCUCUCAAAGGUCAAGUUGUUGGCUUUACCUGCACUAAGAAAUGCUGGCUGUAUUGAUUGAUUGAUGCAUUAUUUUCUGGGGAGAAGUUCAGUUUUGUCAUUUCCAAAAAUUCGUAGUAUAUUUUUGCGGUUUCAUCAUACAACAACCUCACGACCAUGCAGCUGUAGUAAAACAGUUACUGAUGAAAAAAUCAAGGAUCCUUUUAAACUUGGUAGGAAAGACUUGAAGAAUCUGUAUGAGGAUAUUAAAAAGGAAUUACUUGUAUCUACAGCAGAACUUGGAGAAAUGUGUGAAUAUUACUUUGAUGGAAAAGGAAAAGCCUUUCGACCAAUGAUUGUGGUGCUAAUGGCAAGGGCGUGCAAUAUUCACCAUAAUAACUCCGGGGAGGUGCAAGCAAGCCAACGCUCUGUGGCCAUAAUUGCAGAGAUGAUCCAUACUGCUAGUCUAGUUCAUGAUGAUGUCAUUGAUGAUGCAAAUUCUCGGAGAGGAAAAAUGACUGUUAAUCAAAUCUGGGGGGAGAGAAAGGCUGUUUUAGCUGGUGAUUUUAUCCUUUCAGCAGCUUCUGUUGCUUUAGCAAGAAUUGGAAACACUACUAUUAUAUCGGUAUUAAGUCAGGUGAUUGAAGAUUUGGUGCGUGGUGAAUUCCUUCAGUUGGGCUCCAAAGAAAAUGAAAAUGAGAGAUUUGCUCACUACCUCGAGAAGACCUUUAAGAAGACUGCAAGUCUUAUCGCAAACAGUUGUAAAGCAGUUUCCAUACUAGGCUGCCCUGAUCCAAAAGUUCAUGAGAUUGCAUACCAGUAUGGAAAAAAUGUUGGCAUAGCUUUUCAGCUAAUAGAUGAUGUGCUAGAUUUUACAUCAUGUGCUGACCAGUUGGGGAAACCAGCAGCAGCGGAUCUCAAACUUGGAUUAGCCACAGGCCCUGUUUUAUUUGCUUGCCAACAGUUUCCAGAAAUGAAUGCUAUGAUCAUGAGGAGAUUCAGUUUGCCAGGUGAUGUUGAACGUGCUCGACAAUAUGUACUUCAGAGUGAUGGUGUACAACAAACAACCUACCUCGCCCAACGCUACGGCUAUGAAGCAAUGAAAGAGAUUAGUAAACUGCGACCAUCCCCUGAACGAGAUGCCCUCAUUCAGCUCACAGAAACUGUACUCACCCGGGACAAGUGAGACACCUUCUUCCGCUCAUACUGGCAGCUACUUACCAGACUGUGCCUACAAAACUACAUUUCAAAACAUCUUGGUUUGCUUCCAGUGCUGGUUACCAAAAAUUUUUUUUAAAUAUUUUCUGAAAUUAAUAUACUUUACUUUUAUGAAGAUGUUUGAGGGAAGCCAUACAACUAUGAAACAAUCAAUCUGUUAAAUUCUGUCUAAAUGUGUUUUAAUAAGGGUGUUUAUGUUGGGGAAAGUAUUGUUUACACUUAAUAUUGAUGUAUAAGGCCACAAUGAGAAUAAAUCAGUUAAAAUUAAUGCGUUCUAAAUAUCACUUCACACUUAGUUAAUGUUAAGGUUUACUGCAAAAACAUGGUUUGAUUGCUUUCCCAGCUGUGUGUGAAACUUCACAAGUACCCAAAACGUUAUAUAGGAGAACGGUUUAUUAUAAAAGACUGUACAUAAACUUAACAAGUUAUAUACAAAUUAAGUGAAGACUUUCCAAUUUAUAAAGAAAAUACAGGUAAAUUAUUGGUUGCUAAUUUCAGAAGGUGAUAUUAACACUUAAAGCAGAAACCAUUUGGAAGUUACAAUGAUUUUCGUGAGGAAGGUGAAGGAGUUCCAAUAUUUCUAAUUUUACACUAGGAAAAAAUGAUGCAGCAACCAAUCAAGCUUCCAUCCCCCAGUCUUUAAGCACUGUUAUAGAAGUGUACAUUUAAUACCCCAUUAGGACAGCACUUUAAAGUCCAAAACAAAUCCCUACUACAUA